AUGGCUGCCCGUGCGGAUCCGUUCCUCACAGAUGUCGAGGUUCCGGACUACAAGGCUACAGCCUCCCUUGUCGAUGCGGCUCGACGCGAGCACAUGGUGAGCCAGGAAGUCGCCGUUCUUAUCUUUGCACCAUGGUCAUGCUAUGUUGCGCUGGUGAUCGCUUUUGCCUUGCCUCCGCAGGGAUGGCUCUGGAGCCUCUUGGCCGGCAUCUUCUGGGUUGCUGCCCUGCUGGUGGCACGCCAGGCCUAUGAGCGGCAUCUCCGAGGAGGGAGCCCGGUGUACAAGCUGCUGGCCCUCAUGGUGCUUCUGAGCUGUGUGGCGGGGCCACUGGUUGGAAUGCACAUCGAGCAGAGAAAGAUGGCCAGCUAUUGGAUGCACAAGAAGGGUGUCACAUACCGGGACGUGGUGCCAACCAAACCGGCCGACGCCUACCAGGAUGCCAGCAUUCUGGACUUCUCGGCUGGCACGCGUCUAGAUCUUCAGAGAACUCUUGGAGUCCGGUCGCCUGGCUCUGGCAUGACGUACUGUGUGGCGCCAGUGAUAGAUACAUCUUCGCCAUCGAAGCAUGUGAACUAUUUUGCUGCUGACGUGAACUGUUGCGAGCCACGCCGCAGCUUCCUUUGCGGUGAUACGGCAAAGGCAGAUGCCAGGACGGGUGUGGUUUUACCAGCAAAGUCCUCUGAGCAUGCGGCAGAGAGGUGGAAGCACUUCUUCAAAGCUGCUCAGCAGGCUGCUGAGGUGUAUGGAUGGGAGUUGCCGGAAAGACCGAUCUUUGUACGCUGGUUUGAAGAUGCCGAAGGCGUUCAGUCAGAGCUUCUGCACCAGGGUUUGGUGGAGACCUUCGUGCAGUGCUUCGCGGGACUUUGUGCCGCGGUGAUCGUGGCAAUGCUCCUCGUCUGCAGCGGGGGCACGGGACACUUCAGUCUUGUAAGCUGGACUGUUGCAACAUGUUGCAACGGCGACCUGCCUCGGCCAAUGCCCUCGCUGGGGCCCUCGGCGCUUCAGGGUUCGCAAAAAAACUCAGGGAAGCGGAUGGUAUACUUCUUGAGAGGGAUCACAGACUUCACAGUCACCAGAGGCUUGUCCCACCUUCUUGCUUUGCAAGUGACAAAAUACCCGCAGUCCGGGGACGUUGUGGCGUGUGGGCUACCGAGUGUGCGAUGUGUGCGGUUUGACUUGUUGGUGAUGUUGUUUCGUCUCAUGGCGGUCGCUGUAGGUGGCGUGGAGCCAAGGAACUUCGCUUUGCUUACCCGCUGCGGUUUUGUGUCACGUGUCCUGUGA